AUGGCCACAGUUUUCUACACAGGCAGCUGCCCAGACUGGCCGGAGCUUCCCCGCACCCGUUACCUGGAGGAACUCCCGGAGUUUCCCUGCACCCACUACCCGGAGGAGCCCCUGGAGCUUCCCUGUGCCUUCUAUCUGGAGGAGCCACCGGAGCCUCCUCGCCCCUGCUGCUACCCAGAGGAGCCGCCGGAGCACGCCUGGUGGGACUUCCCCGAGGAACUGCCGGACCUGCCUCAAAGCCCCGGCCGAGAGGAGCCCAUGCUGGUGGACUGGCUGGAGACCGAUGCCAUGGACCAGCAGGGCCCAGGCUCUCCUCCUUCUCGCACACUGAACGGAGGGGCAUUCAGGCUGGAGGCCCUGGCUCCAGCUAGCCUGAUACCUUGGUCCAUGGAUCAUGCUACGAGGAGAAAGAGUCAUAAAUGGACCCUCACCCGGAGCCUGCAGCAAAACAGCCUUUUUCUUAUCCUUGGAGCACUUGGACACCAGGGAAGCUUCCACCCACCCCUGGAUGACUGGCCAAUCCUGACAAUCCCCAGAGGGAGACGCAUGAGGACCCUCCAUCUCCCCACCAGUUUAUUAAUAAACUUUUUAACCAGGGUUACAGUAAAGGGCCCGUUCAAGUUCAACUUACUCAUCGAAUCCAUGGCGAGACGUGGUGAUCAGGCACAACUCUCCCCUGGGAUCCUGUUUGUGAUGCCAGAUGUUAGAAGAAAAAAGCAGAUUGACCCAAAAGGUGGAUUUGAGUACGAGCUUCUUUAUUACAAUACCUGUUCCCCUCGACCCAAUUGUCGAGUAAGCACUGAAUUAGUUACAGCACAUUCUUUUUGUCUGAGUAUGUACACGCCUACAUCCGUUACAACACCCCAAAACCCCUUAUUAAGUAAUACAAACACCCAUUCUGUUAGUAAACCCACCCUAUCUAUUGUGCACAGCAUUAUACAUAUUCAACAGACAUUUUUACCUUGA